AUGGCUGCCCCGCGUAAUCCUCCCUUUCGAGCAGAGCAUUUGGGCUCUCUACUUCGACCUGCAAAGCUGUUGGAGAAACGCCAGGCGAUAUACCAGGAGAAGGAUACCGAGCAAGGCCUCCAAGAACUCGAAAACGAGUGCAUCGAUGAAAUCGUCAAGAUCCAGCAGGAUGUAGGCUUCCGCGCGAUUACGGACGGCGAAUACCGUAGGCAUAUGUAGGACAGCGCCCAUUCCUCCGCAUGCAGCUACACGUGACUGAUUCCAUGAUGCUGCGCCAGGUUCUGGGGCACCUUCUUUCCAGCUUUGAAUGGCAUGAAGGAGAUCUACGGCCCAGACGCUUCAAUAUUCAGAGACUAUGUUCCUGACAUAGCCGCCUUCCUCGAGGAGGAAAAGGUCCCCGGCGAGUCGGUCAUCUGCGUAGGCAAGAUAGGCCAUUCGGGAAAGAGCACGUACAUUGGUCAGUACGAGUAUCUGAAGAGCAUCACUCCCAAGGACCGACAUGGCGAGAUCAAGAUGACAUUGGCCGCGCCGAAUUGGUACCAUCUUCGUUACCGGGAAGGGCAAGCGUAUCCGAAGGACGUCUACACCUCCGAUGAGGUAUCAACACAUUCCCCAAGUGUUGAUCAGAGCUGACAACAUCAACGUAGGAAUACUUUGGCGAUAUCGCCAAAGCGUACCAAAAAGAGCUCCAGAUCCUUUACGAAGCCGGUCUUCGCAACGUGCAAGUGGAUGAUCCGAACCUCGCCUGUAAGUCGCAGAGAAGACCUUCGCUUUACACUGCUGACCCGGCCACUCGCAGACUUCUGCUCCGAGAAGAUGAUUGAAGGCUGGAAGAAAGAUCCAGCGAACACUCGAACGAUUGAUAGUCUUUUCGAUGCUUACAUUGCAUUCUAUAACGACUGCUUCAAGCGACCAGCUGACAUGCAUCUCGGAAUCCAUUUGUGUCGCGGGAAUUUCGUCGGUUCUCGCCACUUCUCCGAGGGAGGCUACGAUCGCAUCGCCACGAAGCUAUUCAACGAACUCAAUGCAUCCACGUACUACCUCGAGUACGACACUGCCCGUGCGGGAGGAUUCGAGCCCCUGAAGUCCCUUCCCAGGAACAAGAGUGUUAUCCUUGGAGUCAUCACGAGCAAGUUCCCUAAACUCGAGGACCAAGAAGAGAUGAAGAACCGAAUCUACAAAGCUGCAGAGUUUGUUGCUGAGGGCAGUGGGUCGACCAGAGAUCAAGCUCUCAAGCAGCUUGGCGUGAGUCCACAGUGCGGGUUCGCCAGCCACGAAGAAGGCAAUCUGCUUGCCUAUGAUGAUAUGGUGCAGAAGUUGAAGUUGGUGAGAAGUAUUGCGGAUGAGGUCUGGGGUGAGCCGUAA